UCAAAUCGCGGGGCAUUGUGGGGCGGAGGCGGCCUUUCUCUGAGUCCAGGCGAUCGGGAAAUCUUCAAGUAAAUAACGUUAACAGGGGGGAGGAACAGUCCGAGCGGAAAAUCCAACACAUCAAAAUUGUGUUGCUGAGCCUUAAUUAUUAAAACUCGUAUUAUUACACAAACAUGGGGCAGGAGGAUCUCAUGAACACAGCCGAAGACGUGGCGGACCAGUUCUUGCGGGUAACCAAACAGUACCUGCCCCACCUGGCGCGUCUGUGUCUCAUCAGCACCUUCCUGGAGGAUGGCAUCCGUAUGUGGUUCCAGUGGAAUGAGCAGAGAGACUACAUCGAGGCUACCUGGAGCUGUGGCUACUUCCUGGCUACGUGCUUUGUGCUGCUUAACCUCAUAGGACAGCUGGGUGGCUGUGUCCUCAUCCUCAGUAGAAAUUUUGUACAAUAUGCCUGCUUUGGAUUAUUUGGCAUCAUAGCGCUACAGACCGUCGCAUACAGCAUUUUAUGGGACCUUAAAUUUUUGAUGAGAAACCUUGCCCUUGGAGGUGGUCUGCUCCUGCUGCUGGCUGAGUCUCGCUCGGAAGGAAAGAGCAUGUUUGCUGGAGUCCCCUCCAUGGGAGAGAGUUCGCCAAAGCAGUACAUGCAGCUGGGCGGUCGAGUACUGCUAGUGCUCAUGUUCAUGACUCUGCUACACUUUGACUCCAGCUUCUUUUCUAUCCUGCAGAACAUGGUGGGGACUGCCCUCAUCAUCCUGGUGGCCAUCGGCUUCAAAACCAAGCUCGCGGCGUUGACCCUCGUCAUGUGGCUUCUGGCUAUCAAUGUCUACUUCAACGCUUUCUGGACCAUCCCCGCCUACAAGCCCAUGCAUGACUUCCUCAAGUAUGACUUCUUCCAGACCACCUCGGUCAUUGGCGGCCUGCUGCUGGUGGUUGCACUGGGGCCUGGUGGAGUGUCCAUGGAUGAGAAGAAGAAAGAGUGGUAGGCAGAGGGGGAUAAGAUGCGAGGAUUGCUCGGCACCACUAACUUCCCCCACGAUCGGGACACAGAGACCCUCCCUCUCCUCCAGUUUCCCCCCCACCAGGGUACAAAGGUUUUUUUCUAGCUCAUUUUUUAUUUGGCCAAAUCCACAGACAACAUCUCACAUUUUCCACUCCACUGCUAUUUUUAUUUUUUAGUUGAACAUUUUAAAAGGCAGAUUUUUUUUCUAAGCCCUUAAAAAAGCAAUUGUAUUUCAUAGUGCUAAAAAAAUAUAUUAAUGGAUGAUAAGAGGACGAAAACAGUUAUCUGUUCUCUCUUCAGAAGGUGAAUAAAAAUAAUUUAUUGUAUUUUAUAGGUGUUAUGCCAUAAAUUAUCAUAGAUUAAUUUUCUAAUUUUCUGAAUAAAACUGGUAAAGUGGAGAGAGUGCAGCAGUCUGGGUUCCCCCUAUGGAUGCUGAUCUUUUCCUGUCUUUGGAUCUUGGAGUGUCUGAGACUUACUCACCAUAUUGAUCCUGAAAACUUGGGCACUGAUUUGACAGCAUCUCGCCUUGACUCUCCAGGUUUCAUCUCCCUUCUUUUUUUUUUUUUUCUCUCCACCCAACCUUUUCAGUACAUCUGUACACCUUCAGUCUCAACUGACUCUUGUCACAUGGGGAGCUGAAUCUGGGGAGGGGGGUGGCAUAUACAUUGUAUAGUGGUGGAUUGCAGUCAUGCUUGAUUGAAAAUUUCAACACAGUUGUUAGCUCCAGGACUUGUUAUUGGGCACCUUGUACUGUUCGUCUUUGGCAAAUGCCUAACUAGUGAACUGUAUAUGAUCGGGGACAAUAGGGGGGAGGCUCAACAUUUGUGAAACCAUAUUCUGCGAUCUAGACAAGCAAAGAGGACUAAGCAGAGUCACUAGCCACCUGAACUUUGUCUUUGCUCAGUGUUUUUUGCCCUGUGUAAGAAAAUUUAAAAAAAAAAAAAAUAUUCAGUGUAUUGAUUUACAGAAGUUUAUAUUGUAUUUUUGAUCAUUUGUUUUUUGAUUUUGGAAGUUGAUGGCGAAGAAAUAAAAAAUUUAAAAAAAAAUAUAUAUAAAGUCACUGUCUCAGUCAAGGUUUUUAGCUCUUAAGAUGCUUUAGCACAGAACCAUCAUGCAGUAUAGUACACAUGUAUAGGUUUUGUUUGGAUUUGUUACAUAUCGCAGCCUUUUCAGAAAAUGGCAAUGAAGAGUUCAAAAUGUAUACAUACUGUAGGUGUUGUAUUGGACAGGCACUGGAAUGAGCCUCCACUGACUGUCAGUUUGAUUCAAGGUCAGAGACUUUGAGAAAAUACUGGCCUCUAAUGGACUACUGCAGUAACAGUUCAAUGCAAUGGAGCAUUUCAUAUUCAGCCAAAUUGAUAAAUUUCAGUACGUAUGUACAGUUCUGAUAUCUGUGAGAUAUUUUUUUGUGUUUUGAUUGCUGCCAUUUUAUAUAUAUAUAUAUAUAUAUAUAUAUAACAUUGUUUUGUGUGUGUUGUUUACAGUUGAACUGCUGAAAAUAACAGUUAUUUUCUUGUCAGACAGACAUAUCUUAACCCUAUAACUUCAUAAAAGAUGCCAUGGACAAUGGAUAUGGUAAAACAAAUAAAAAAUAAACAGCUUUUACUGGACUGACCUAA